AUGGACGCACAACCAGAAAUAGAUCCGAACUUCGAGCCACAAGCGAGAGCCAGGAGCAAUACUUGGCCUUGCAGGCCUCAAGAGCCGAUAAACGAUACUCAAAGUUCACCAGCAUCAGACGAAUGUGCGUCAGAAAAUGCAAUAAAACAAGAAAAUGUCGCCUUAAACAAGAAGACAUCAUCUCGACGUAAUGCGUGGGGAAAUCUCUCGUAUGCUGACCUAAUUACGAAAGCUAUACAAAGUUCGGCAGAACAGCGACUUACACUGUCGCAAAUUUACGACUGGAUGGUCCAGAAUGUACCCUACUUUAAAGAUAAAGGGGACAACACAAGCUCGGCAGGUUGGAAGAAUUCCAUACGACACAACUUGUCCUUGCACAGUCGCUUUAUGAGAAUUCAAAAUGAAGGCACAGGGAAGAGUUCUUGGUGGGUCAUCAACCCAGACGCCAAACCUGGAAAAACACCCCGCAGACGUGCUGGUAGCAUGGAAACAAAAAGCUAUGAGAAAAGGCGGGGAAGGGUAAAGAAAAAGGUGGAAGCUUUACGUGCAGCUCUAGAGAAUAAUAACAGUCCAUCGUCCACUACGGACGACUAUCUUAAUGACUCUCCACUGGGAUUCCAGCUUAGUCCAGAGUUCCGACAGAGGACAAGUUCAAAUGCCAGUAGUUGUGGCCGCCUCUCCCCAAUACAGGCUGGCAUUGAGCCUGAUCUCCAUGACAACCAGGUGCCACCUAUGUCGCCUAUUCCAUGGGGAAGUGAAGAAGGGACUGUGCCUAGUUACGAUCAGUUGGGACAGUAUGACCGGCUGGUGGACACUCUUGUUGACAGCAUGAAGCUGGGGGAGAGUGGCCUCAGUCUAGGUAUUGACAAUGGUGGGGGACUGGGGGGCCUGGAAGGUGAUAUAGAAAUGCUUACAGAGUCCAGCUUACAACAGCAGCUUAUGCCUACUAGUGACAAUGUAAAUCUGUCCCAGUUUAGUAAUCAAAGUGCCAACUAUGAUGAUGCUCAGUACAGGAACAUGCCUGCCCCACCCCCUUACAGGGACGCAAUGCGCCGCAGCCCACAGCAGCAGGGUGUGGACCAGCUCCCACAGAAUGGCAACUUUUCGGACCUAGGUAUUUCACAGCAGAAUACCCUUGGAAUGUUUGGACAGACAACAGAUACAGGACUGUUCACUGGAGACAUGUUGCUGCAACAAGCCCGUAUCAGCCCUAGCUCCAGUCAGCUUAGUGUCAACACCCAACAACAACAGUUGUCCUCUCCAGCCAGAUCUCCCCAAGGUUGCCAGCAGAUCAGCCCCUCUCAAUACGACAGUCGGGUGGGGUUCUCUCCUUCCCCACAAGCCAAGCAACUGUCCCCACAGCUCACCAGUCGCCAGCAACACUCCAUCCUGCAGCAGUGUCUUGAGGCACCAUCAGACUCGCUGUUGAGAGCAGCCCUUACACAAAACUCAGGUCUGGCUCAGCAGAAAACACUCCCAUACCCACAGAUGCCCAUGUCCUCCACGCCCUCCACACAGCCACAGUACAAUGUGCGCUAUGGCAACACGCAGCUCAACAUGAGGCCACAACAACCUGCUCCUGGUCUUAAUGGAAUCAAUAACAAUGUUGCCUCCACCAUGCGCCAACAGCAACAACAAACACAACAGCAGCAGCAGGUUCAGCAACAGCAGCAGCAAUUAGGUCUGUUGAGUAAUAUUGGCAGUGCUCCUCGUCAGUCCUCUGACAGUCCUCAACUUGUGCUAACAUCAUCCAAUAGACAGAACAUAUCACCUCAGGAACAGGGGAUGGCCAAUAUGCCACCCACUGCUCCCAGCUCUAACUCCCUUAAUGAAAUUGAAGCUGACUUUUUUGAUUUGGGAUGCGACAUGGAACAGGUGCUCCAACAUGAACUCAGUCUUGAAGGCACUUUAGAUUUCAACUUUGAUACAGUAAAUAACAGCUCCACGGCUACUUCUGGAACAGACACUCAGAAUUUGGUACGAUAAUGAUGGUUGAAGCUUAGGACUUCAUAGUUAGUGGUUCAUCAAUUGUAGUGAAAGCUGAAAAAUAAGUUCA